GGCCCCAGGACCGAGUGCGUUCCUGGCUGCGCUCGUGUUUGCGGAGUCCCCGGGUGUCCGGAGUCAGGUCUUCCCGCCUGCGCCAUGGGCCUGGAGCUUUACCUGGACCUGCUGUCCCAGCCCUGCCGCGCCGUCUACAUCUUUGCCAAGAAGAACCGCAUUCCCUUCGAGCUGCGCCCGGUGGACCUGCUCAAAGGCCAGCACCUCAGUGAUGCCUUCGCCCAGGUGAACCCCCUGAAGAAGGUGCCUGCUUUGAAGGAUGGAGACUUCACCUUGGCUGAGAGUGUGGCCAUCCUGCUCUACCUGACGCACAAGUACAAAGUCCCUGACCACUGGUACCCCCAGGAUGUGCAGGCCUGUGCCCUUGUGGAUGAGUACCUGGCAUGGCAGCACACGACCCUGCGGAGAAGCUGCCUCCGGGCCCUGUGGCAUAAGGUGAUGUUCCCUAUUUUCCUGGGUGAACCAGUAUCUCCUGAGAUACUGGCAGCCACGCUGGCUGAGCUGGAUGUGACCGUGCAGUUGCUUGAGGACAAUUUCCUACAGAACAAGGCCUUUCUCACCGGGCCUCACAUCUCACUGGCUGAUUUGGUGGCCAUCACAGAGCUGAUGCAUCCUGUGGGCGCUGGCUGCCAGGUCUUCGAAGGUCGACCCAAGCUGGCUGCACGGCACCAGCGUGUGGAGGCCGCAGUGGGGGAGGAUCUCUUCCAGGAGGCCCAUGAGGUCAUCCUGAAGGCCAAGGACUCUCCACCUGCAGACCCCACCAUAAAGCAGAAGCUGAUGCCUCUGGUGCUGGCCAUGAUCCAGUGAGCCAGGAAGCCCAGUGCCUGCACUUGCCCUUGGCAGUUCACAAAGCACCUUCAUUUCCAGUGUCCCAGGGGAGGGCAGGAGUGAUUUGCCUGAGUCCCACUGCACCUGUGCUGCCCAGGUCAGGUCCCUACACCCACACCAUCUUGCACAGCUGCCUAAAAGCCACAAUGAGAAUGGAAUAGCCAGAUCUUAUCUCCUUUAAUCACUGCAUCUCAUUUUCAGUUUGGGAAAUAAACCCGGGCUAAGCCUGAAAUACGCUUCUAACU